GAAUGAAAUCGAUCCCAGAAUGCAUCAGAGCUCAUACAUUCUGCUGCCAUGUUUAUGUUCCGAAUCUCUGUCGAUUGUGUAAACUUUAGCUAGCUGCAGCAUUAGCUUGAUUUAAACGCGCAAGAAUAAACAUUUCAAUGUAUCAUUCAACUAUAUAGAAUUUCUCUCAUACUGAGGAAACCGUCUUGCAUAAUGGCGGCCAGCCCCCGAGAAGAUGACUUUGAAGAUUAUGACAAGCCAGGUGCAGAGAGAUCGCGCAGGAGGAGAGGCGAAGAUGAUGAUUUAGACAGUGAUCUUGAGGGUGAUUUGCUGGAGGAAGAUUGGCUGACAGCCAAAAAGAAUUUGUCGGACGCCUCGGAUGAAGAAUUAAAUGAUGAACUUCUGCAAAGCGAUGAAGAAGAUCAAAAUGUCGGCCAAGGUGUUAGCCUCAAUGCCACUCUAGGCGAAUUUGACCAGCAGGUGAACUCCACAGACUACACAGAAGACUUAGAAGAUGUGGAGGGGGGCUACCAGAUGGAUGGGGGAGAGUACUUGGACGAGUACAGCCAGCCCAAUGACAUGGAGAUGCCAGACGACCAGACGGAGUAUUCGGGGGAACCAGCCCAGGGCAACAUCUACCAGGACGAAGUGUUAGACAUUGAAAUCAAUGAGCCUUUAGACGAUGAAUUUCAAGUGGAUGAUUACUCGACAAGCUACGGGGAACAGCAGGAGCCUCUAGACGAGCAGGCAGAGCACCAGGAAGCACCGGAGGGAGAAGAGUUGGAGGAGGAGGCCCAGAGCUCUCAGCUGACAGAAACUGAGGAGGCUGAAGCAGAGCCAGAGGAAGAAGGGAAGGAAGAGGAAGAUGAAGAUGAAGAGGAGGAUGACGACAGCGAGUCUGGGCGGUUGCGUUUCAAAACAGAGCGCAAAGAUGUCACAUCCGGUGUUGUGCGGCUGGCAGAUGCGGCAAACAAACGGCGAAACAUUCCUGAGACAUUAGAGCUUUCUGAGGAGGCCAAAGCAGACCUGAUGGAGUUUGAGGAGAAGGAGCGCCAAAAGAGGCAGGGCCGCUUUGGGGGCCGGGGUGGAAGAGGAGGAGAUAGAGGAGGUUUCAGAGGACGCGGAGGAAGAGGGGGGUUCCCUGGGUUUGGAAUGACGGACUUCGGUGGAGGAAGAGGUCGAAUGAACGACCAGAGAAUCCCAAUGAUGGCUCUUCAUAUGGGCAUUCAGUCGCCCUCGAGAAUGCCUUCCCUUCACCACCAACAUCAUCAUCAUCCUCAUCAGCAGCAGCAACACCACCACCAGGGUGGCGCCCGAGGGCCCCCCUUCCAGGAGCACAGCGGGGGCCCGCAGACGCUGCAGCCCCUCAUCCCCCCGCACCUGGCCCACCGCGGCUCGCCCUCACACGGGCCCCCGGUCCGGCCCCAGAUGGACCCGGCGCCCCGCAUGAUGAGCCCCCCUCCAUCACACAGCCAGCAACAGCAGCAGCAUCCCAAGAACAUCCACAUCAACCCCCAUUUCAGAGGCCCUGCGUCCUCCCCUGCACAAGUGCCCUUGAUGCCUCCUGCUCAGAGCCAGCCCAGACCUGCUGUAGGUCCUCAGAGGUUCCCUGGAGCGGGAGACUUCCAGCAGCAGCACAUGCCUGGUAAUUUUGGCCAACCCCCCCAGAGACCCCCACAUCACAUGGAGACCUGGAGGAGCCAGCCUCCCCCCGCCCCCCAGGACAGAGAACCCUUCUUCAUCGGUGAGCCGGGCCGCUUCCCCGGGCAGCAGCAGCACAUGUUCGAUCACCAGAACCCUGGCUCGCUCAUGAACAGUAAUAACCACCCGCUCCCCGGCCAGGGCCACAUGGCCUUUAACCAGCCGGGCCCGGGAGGGUUCAACCAGCCGGGCCAGGGUCCAGGGGUCCAGCUCGGCCCGUUCCAGAGAGAGCUCCCCCGACCCAACCUGCUGCCCCAGGGCCACCUCCAGGGGAUUGCCAGCCUGACUGGACACGGAGGGCCUCCAAACACCAGGCCCUUCAUAGGCCACCGGCAGCCCGGCUUCCUCCAGCAGCAGGGGCCCCCCGGGCCAUUCCCCCCUCAGCCACUGCAGUUCGGGAUGCAGGUACGCAUGAGAGGUUUAAUACAGCCCGGGCCUUCUCUCUCUCAGCUCCAGCAUCACGACUUGCCUCUGUCCCAUCAACAACAGCAGCAACACCACAGACAAGACCUGUCCCAGCUGCCCCCGCACCAUCACCACCACCAGCAGCACCAGCUCCACCCCAACGAGCAGCGCCAAGGCCCCAUGAUGCACCACCACGGAGGGCAGGGCCAGCCCCCUUUCCACCAGCAGCAGCACGGCAGCCCCAGACCGAUGCACCCCGGCGGGCUCCGCCCCCAGAACCCACAGCAGCGCAACGCCCCCAUCAGGCCACGGAUGGCCCCCCCUGCCUCCAAAGUCCUUCCUCAGCGCAACAGCAACCUCCGCGAGCUCCCUGUGGCUCCUGGCAACCAAAGCACUAACAGCGUCCGCCCCGCCUCAGCGCCCAACGUCAAGCCCGUUGCUAGGGCAACACCGGCCGGGGUGCGUCCGGGCCUGAACACUCGGGCGGUGACGGCCGGAGGCAGAGGGCGGGCCCAGCCCACCGCCGCCAACAAGGCUGCUGCAGCGCCGCCGCCCGGCCCACCUGAAAGAGAGGUGGUCCGCAGGGAUUCUGCCACCACCCAGCCAAACACAGCGGCACAGGAUCCCGACGAAGACGAGGAGACCCGCCAGUACCGCCUUAAGAUCGAGGAGCAGAAGCGCCUCCGGGAAGAGAUCCUGAAGAGGAAAGAGAUGAGGAGGCAGAUGCAGGCGGGUGUCCGCAAGAAGGAGCUACUGGAGCGCAUCACUGGUCAGAACGAACAACAGCAGCAGCAACAACAGAGGCUGUUUCCCCCCAAACCUCCACAGGCCCAGCAAAGCUCAACGUCCUUUCCUCACAACGGCACUCCACAGACGCCCCCCACGCCCCGCCAGAACGUGAAGACCCGGCUGCAGAUGACCAAGGACCAGCAGGUCCAGAAUCCAGGCUGGCAGGUGUGUCAACAGGGCCAGAACCCCGGACCCAACACUAACCAGCCGGUGCAGUGGCAGCAACAACAACAACAACAACAGCAGCAGGGCCAGCAGAGGAGGAAUUAUGUCACCCAGCUCAACCCUAUCAGACCAGGAGGGCCCCCUUCACUGGGGAACAUGCCUAUGCCGGGAGCCCCGAUGGCAGGUCAGGGUUCAGGACAGGUCCAGGCUCUGGGGCCUAAGUCGGGGGUGAAGAGGACUGUGAUGCAGCGAGCCAAUAGUGGAGAACAAGCUGGUCCGCAGGUGCCACAGAAAGUCAGAGUGGUCAAGCUUCUAGGAGGGGGAGGGGAGAGUGAGGCCAACGCCCCCAUCCAGCAGCAGCCAGCCCCCCAGCCAGCCCCCCAGCUUCGCCAGGGCCCCAUUAGGAAGGUGACCCUUGCCAACCCAACUGGAGGACAACCCAUAGAGGGCCUGGUCACGCAUGGGGGCAGAGGAGGUGCCGGCAACAGGGUGGUUGUCCCGGGGCGUGGCCGUGGCAGAGGGGCGGCGGGGGUAGGUGGAGCGGGUCACCCGCUGCGAGGGCGCCUGAUGCCCACCAGACAGAGCCAGCGAGGGGCUGCAGGGUCUGCUGACAACCAGCCGUGCACCGUGUCCAUCGACGGCCUGUCCACGUCCACCACAGACACACAGCUCCGGAACCUUCUCAACUCUAUUGGCCCCAUUAAGAUGUUCAAAAUGCUGCCUCAGCAGAGGAAAGCCAUUGCCAAAUUUCAAAAUCCCCAGCAUGCCUUGAGUUUUCAAGUCAGCUUCAACAGGCAUAUGAUAGAUUUGUCUCAUAUCGACGUGUCAUUGAUCGAUGGCUGAAGGUCCAGGUGACAGGGGAGGCGUCGGUGGCGGCGAGCGCCCUGCACCAGAUUUUGCCGGUGCGUCAGAUGACUUGCAUCGGCAAGGGAUGGCUUCUGUGUGUACGGCUCCUUCAGCUCGAUUCAGCCACGGCCCUACGGGACAUACAGAAUGCACCCUCCUACUAACAAGAAUCACCCUCUCCGACCGCCUCGCCUGCUCACUAUUUACUUUGGAAAAUGUCAUCACAAAGCAGCAUGUUUUGCUCGUGGUUGAUCUGCUGUCAAGAGGAAGGUUUCAAUGACCGGAACACAUAUACAAUCGUCUGUCUGGACUGUUGGACAGCGGAGACUGUGGAUAAGCGAUUUUCAAAUUGCUUGAAAUGUGAGAUAUGACAGAAAAGUUUGAGUUAGCCUAACUACGACAGGAACUUGUACACUGGAUAAUGGUUGCUCCCACCUGCUGCUCUGUCAAGCACACCAUCGAUAUCAGUGUUUAGGGAGGCAGCCUUUUGGAGAUCUUUCCAUGUGUAGGCUAUUGUUUAACUUUGAUGGAUUUUCUGAAAUCGAUAGCUUCUGAUAUUGGACACUGAAUUUGUGAACAGGUUUAGAAUUGGAGCGUGGCUUACCUUUGUUCUGUGCCGUUAUUCUCCUGUAGAUGGCAGCAUUUGAUAAUGAUUGUGGUCCCUGGAUUGGACACUAUGGAAUGGUAUUUUGGGUAGGGCUUUUCUCCAAGCUGUGUUUCAUUUGUAGGUAAAUGGCACUGCCUAGUGGAGAACAUUUAGGCAAUUGUUUUAAAUGUUGGUCUUAAUGUGCUUGAGGAGAUGAUGAUUGCACAUGCACCAGGUUAACAGUAAAUUGGUUGACCUAUCAAAAUAUUGUAAGAUCUUAUUACUAAGAUUAGCUUUCAGUGUUUUGGCUGGCCAUCUGUCUGGCAACAAUGGCUUUCUGGCCACAUUGGCCGUUUCUGUUAUCAAAGUGAACUAUUCUCAAGUUAAUCAACUUAAAAGACUGGUUUAUUUUUCUUUGCACUGGACUAGUACAUUUUGACCGGGAGCUUUACUUGAAUUUACUUUAAUAGAGAGUUGCUUGUUUUGUCUUUUAACUCAUGAAACAUAGGCUGUCCAAGUUUGUGCAUUGUCUUUUGUGAGAUGGAUCCCUAAAUGCGUUUUAGACAUUUUAAUUUUUCAAAGUACUCAAUUGUUUUGCCAAAUUCUACAGUCAUUGGUAUUUGUCAGGUUUAUUGGGCGCACUCUAUAAAAAAUCAUCGUUACAGUUCUAUUUUAAAGGUUUGUUUAAUUGCCAUGCUGAAUUUGGAAAAUGAUUUCAAUUUUCAGCAUGGCAGUCUGCAAGCCUUAUGUUGACAAAAUCUUUCACAGAUUGAGGUUUCUAAUUUUUGCAUGGUACAAUUUCCCAUUACAGCAGGUUUGUUUUAGUAGCCAUGAAUACAUAUUUAUUUAUAUUGGAUUACUGAUACGGUUAGUUUAGUUUUUUGACCAUAUCAUUGGUUGAUAUGUUUUGUUGGUGGGUCAUUUAGUGCAGGUGGACUUGGUUUGGUUUGCAUGAUUGUGACUCGCUGAUAUAGAACUCUUUGCUCAGCUAAAACUUACUUCAGUGUAGUGGUUAAAUUUGAUUUAAUAGUAAAACAGUGAUCCUGAUUAGUCUUUUGGGUACAAUCAAUGUUUUGUGUAGGUUUGCAUUCUGAUAACAUCAAGCUGCAAAAGGAAAAGAUAUAGGUUUGUUCUACUUUCAAGCAAAAUAGUUAUUUUCAAACUCAUUCUAUGCUGAUUGAUUGUCUAGAUAAUGAAUGCAUGCUCACCCACAUGCAUGCAUACAUGUGUACACACACACACACACAAACAAACAAACAAACAAACAAACAAACAAACAAACAAACAAACAAAACAUUUUUAUAUCAUGAGGAAUUUUCUUUCUUUCCGUAGUUCACUUUAUUUGGCUUUGAUGCUAUUGUAGCUUUACUGAGACCAGGUAUUUGGUGAAAGUAAGGCAUUUAUUGCAGGACAACAUGGUACAUUUCAGUGAUGAUAAAGAUCCAACAAGGUUAUUUUUAUUAUAAUUUUUUUUUAAGUAUGAUUAACUUUUCCUUCCUUCUAAAAUUGACAGACUUUCCGUAAUAUGGAAUUUGGAAAAUUUGUCACAUUAUAAUUACAUGAUUUUUGUUUCAUUCUGUCAUUCAGAGCAAUAUGUUUUCUGCUUCAGAAGUCGUGGGGGCAACCAUUGUCAGUGUUUAUUAAUAAUGUACAUAGCACCAAAAAAGUAGAACUUUACAGAAUGUUUAACACUGUCCCAAACCGUGGUUAGUUUCUCAUGAUGUGCUUUGUUGUAUCGAGUAAACAUUUUUUAUAUACACACAAAUAUAUAUAAAAAACUGAAUUCCUGACAUUUAUCCUACAAGUGUUUCCUUUGUAUGUAGAACCAAAACUAAAGACAGCCUUGACCUUGUUUUUUUGUUAGUAAAUAUUUGACGGCGUUUUAAAGGGAAAAAAAAUAAAAUAUGGCCUAUAUAUACCAUACAAAUAUGGGUAUGUGAAGCCGAUUCACUUUUCUAGCCCCCAGUUUGUCCAUGUGUCUGAUAUCUGUGUGUUGUGUUUUGCCAUAAGGUGGCUACCUUUUGAAGUCAGCUGUCAUUCAUUUUGAACUAAUAUUUUUCUUAAGGUAUUGUUUGGUUUCCUGGUAUUGCGCCCCCCCCCCCUCCCCCAUGCUGUCCUGUUCAGAAUCAUUGAAAAUAUCUCUGCAAAAUGAAACAUGGUCCUAUGUGGAAACUUAAAAAUAAAUGGUUUCCUGUGCCUGUUAGCAUAGGUUAGCUGUUUUCCAGUUUGGUAUAAUAAUCUGCCAUUUGCGGUAAGGAGUUUUACAUUUGUAAUCAACUUUUCUCUUAAAGUAUUUUUUCAUAGUGUAUAAGCAUAUGUAUUCACAGCACAUAGUUCACACACACCACACAGUACAGUCAAUUAAAUGCUACAUUUCUUUUCUUAGUAAGCGAAGGGGGCACAGGAGCAGGUGCCCUUUCCUGUAGGUCUUGUAAGUUGUAGAAGGUUGCAUGAUUCUGCGUUCAAUUAGAUUUGUUUGUAAAUGUUCCCCAUUCAUGGUUUGAUUCUUUUGCCCUUUUGUUUUGUUUUGUUCCUUUUAUGUUUAGUAUUUUGAACAGACAUGCCUCAAAGGAAUGGUUUGGGGUUUUGGCAAUGAGUCCCUUCCUCUAUUUCUCCAGAGUCAGAUUAACUGAAUUUCAGUAGCAGACAAUCCAGAAUUACUUACUAUAGUGAAUGCAAAAAAAGGUCUACUCCCCUCAUACUUACCCUUUUUAUAUAUCUGUCCAGUGUGAAGGAAGUUAGAUUUUUGCAAGUCAGUGCUAACUAGUGUUAACGCCAUGACUAGAAGUCAACAGGACCAGCUAUGAUGUUAGCUGCUUCCAUAGACAUUGAGUCCUUGUGCUUAUGCUAGUUAGUAAUUGCACAUACAUUAUAUAAAUGCUUCCUCCCAACUGCAUGCAUAAACAGGAAAAUCUUAUCCAAAAGUUCAUCUGACCCUGGGAAAGUAGAUAAAAGGCCUCAUCGCUAAAAUCCCAGACUAGCCCUUAAAUUCUAUGGACUCUUCUUCACACUUGUUUUUGUAUUGAAUUAAAACUAUGAAUCCUA